UCCUUGACCUCCAUUCUAGACACGCCGAGCCUACGCACUGAGCUCGCUCUUAUCGUCCUCCUCUGCAUAGAAUUCAUGCGCAACAACCUCGAUUCCACUUUCGAUGCCUCAGUCUCGGCUCCCACAGUCUCUAUCCCCAUCGCAAGCCCCAACGCUGACGCAGAACAGAACCUCAUAAAUUUCAGUACGCCCGAAGAUGGCACGGCCACGGCAGAAGAGCAUGCAAGGAAACAAAGAGAGCGGAGAUCUCGCCAACACAGACACAAGGUCUCCGACGUGCUGCCUUGACGUUCUUCGAUAAAUGGCGCGCGGGGGUCAUGCAGCGGAUCUGCGACGUGGUCGGUGUGCGGGGCGAGGUGGUUCGGCGGGCGAAGGCGAAACGUAAGGUUGAAACUGAAGCGGCGGAGAUGGAAAAGCGCAACAUAGACUACCUGAACUGGGCUGAGGGGGAGAGCACCGGUGAGACUAUUAGCAAUGAGCCUGCGAUUGGAACGCAUGGGUAUACUGCCAUAUCUACGACAUUGGCUAAGUUUGACGAGUCAAAACGCGUUUCCAUACUUCAUUGUUUGCUUCUGUUGUUGCUUAGUCUCGAGCACUAUCCCGCCCAUUCUCGUGUCCUUCUGCUGUAUAUCUCCAGUAGUCUUUGUCUCUUCGUGGAAGUUCUGGCUACUCAUGAGAAAUCUUUUGCGGAAGGGCUUCUAGCAACCCCUGCUUCGCACAUGGACGCAGAUGAGUCUACGAAGAAGAAGGCAUCUGAUGACGCUGUGGCACGCAGAUGGAAGGUCGGUCUCGCGACCGUCGGCGGAGCUGUCCUGAUCGGCGUCACUGGAGGCCUGGCGGCUCCGUUGCUGGCCGGUGGUGUUGGCACUGUAAUGGGUGGGCUUGGCCUUGGGGCUACGGUCAUUUCUGGGUACCUGGGUGCUCUGGCUGGUAGCACGGUGCUUGUUGGGAGUUUGUUUAGGGCUUACGGCGGGAAGAUGACUGGGAAAAUCAUGGAUCAGUAUGCGAAAGCGGUGGAAGACUUUCAGUUUAUUCCUAUUCGAGCUUCAUACACGCCUGCCAGUCAAUGUCGUACAGAGGAGAUGUCUUUUCGCGACUCCAGACAGCAAGAACAGCACAGACUGCACGUCGCUAUUGGUAUUAGUGGGUGGCUCAACUCUGAAUCAGACGUUACUAUACCCUGGGACGUCUUACACUGCACCGGAAUCGAACCAUUCGCUCUCCAUUGGGAGCUUGAUGCACUUCUUCGCCUAGGAACAUCACUGACCGAAGUGUUCAAAAGCUAUGCCUGGGAGGGCGCCAAGAUCGAAUCGUUCGUCGCACUUUAUUCGGCGCUCUGUAUGCAGAGCUGUGGCCGCUUGGCUUCUUGAAAAUGGCCAGCAUGCUAGACAACCCUUUCUCAGUAGCUGUUUCGAGGAGCGACAAAGCGGGAAAGGUCCUGGCUCACGCCCUCAUUAGCAAAGUCUAGGGAGAACGGCCAGUCACUCUAGUAGGAUACUCGCUGGGUGCUCGAGUCAUCUUCUCUUGUUUGUUGGAGCUGGCAGAGCAAAACGCUUUUGGUUUGAUCGAGUCGGUGGUUC